UUGCGCCGUCUGCAAAGGAGCCGAUGCAGAAGUUGGUCUGCAAACAAGCAAAUUGACGUUUCCGUCGCUGCGGCGUUGCACUCGCUCGUGUAUUUAUUUAUUUAUUUUUUCGGUGUCGAGUUUUGAAAGUUUGGACAUUUGUAUGGUCGUGCGUAAGCCCCCACGAAGCUUUUCACGUGGUGACGUCCGUUUCCCAAGCACAAAGCACCCCGCAUAUGUCGCACCUAUACAGGCUCCAAAGUGGGUCCCGUGGAUCGUCCGCGGUGAAGCCCACCCAUGUCCGGGGCGUCCGCGGAGCACAGCGGUCCGCGGCGGCGGACAUGCUGAGGCCCUCCCCGAAGCCCAGGGACGUGGCCGCCUCUCCGCCGCACGACAGCCCCGAGGCGUCCGGCGAGCCCCUGGCUGCAGCGCCCCCCACGAGCCGCUGCUGCAACUGCUCCGGCUCGCCGUCGGCCGCCACGGCGGGGCGCCACCCAACCCCCCGGCGGGAGGCGUCGACCCCCGGUGCGCUGCCACGGCAGCAGGGCUCGCAGCCACCGUACCAGCGGCGCAGGAUAGUGGGCGGCAUAGAUGGCACGUCGCCGUCGACACGGGAGCGCCGGCCCGGUGCGGGCCCAAGGACCCGCGCCGGCGCGGGUGGCGCCGGCCCCUUCCGCUACGUGCCCCUGACGUCGCAGCAGCAGCGUCGAGGUGCUGCGGCGACGACUCCGCCGCCGACGGGGAUACCGGCGCCGAACAACAACCACCACCAGCAACAGCGUGCGGUGCAGCGCGAGCUGGAGAACGGGGGCUUUCAGGGUUUCCAGGGGAUCUACACCGGGGCGUCGGAGCAGCCGUCGUCGCCGCGGACAGACCGGACUAGUCCGCUGCUCUUGGUGGUGCGUGACGGGGGUGCGGUGGUGCUGGAGAAGGGGCAGCCCUCCUCUCCCGCCACGGCGGGGGAGGAGGGGGUGGUGGCGGCGAGUGCAGUGACGACGACAGCUGUGGCGAGUGCGGCGGAGCGGGCUGCUGCGUCGCUGACGGCAGAGGAGGACGUGCAGGCGCGGGACACAUCGCCCGACGGCCGCUUUCUCAAGUUCGAGGAGGAGAUUGGCCGUGGGUCGUUCAAGACGGUGUACAAGGGACUGGACACGGCGACGGGCGUGGCGGUUGCAUGGUGCGAGCUCCAGGAGCGGCUGAACAAGAGCGAGCGCCAGCGGUUCCGGGAAGAGGCUGAGAUGCUGAAGGGCUUGCAGCACCCCAACAUUGUGCGCUUCUUCGACUACUGGGAGGUCAACACAGCCCGGCGCAAGUUCCUGGUGCUCAUCACGGAGCUCAUGACGUCGGGCACACUCAAGACAUACCUGCGGCGCUUUAAGAAGAUCAACAUGAAGGUCCUCAAGUCCUGGUGCCGGCAGAUCCUGAAGGGUCUGCACUUCCUGCACUCGCGUCCACCGCCCAUCAUCCACAGGGACCUCAAGUGCGACAACAUCUUCAUCACGGGCACCACGGGGUCGGUCAAGAUCGGCGACCUCGGGCUGGCGACCCUCAAGAACCGAUCCUUUGCCAAGAGUGUCAUCGGCACACCGGAGUUCAUGGCCCCCGAAAUGUACGAGGAGCACUAUGACGAGUCUGUGGACGUGUACGCCUUUGGCAUGUGCAUGCUGGAGAUGGCCACGUCCGAGUACCCCUACUCGGAGUGCAGCGGGCCGGCCCAAAUUUACAAGAAGGUGACCACGGGAGUCCGGCCUCAGUGCUUCGACAAGGUGGAAAGCAUAGAACUACGAGACAUCAUCGGACAGUGCAUAAGACUCAAGAAAGAAGAAAGGCCAACAGUAAAGGAGCUGCUUCAGCUCGACUUCUUCCAAGAGGACAUGGGCCUCAAGGUGGAGUUUGUGAACCGGGAAGAGAGCCUAGCCGGAGGGGAGAAGGUGGAGCUGCGGCUGCGCGUCCUCGACCCCAAGAAGCGCAAGGACAAGCACCGCGAGAACGAGGCUAUCCAGUUCGAGUUCCACGUGGAGAACGACAACCCCGACGAGAUCGCCAAGGCGAUGGCGCUCACCGGGAUCAUCAUGGAAGAGGACGCACGCAUUGUGUCGAUGCUCAUCCGGAACCAGAUCGCCGCACUCGUACGGGACAGGCAGCACCUCCAGCAGCAAGCGCUACAGCAGACAGCGCUUCAGCAGGCUGCGGUUCAGCAGCCACCGCUUCAGCAGCCGGUGCUCCAGCAAGCGCCGGGGGCGCAGCAGGUGCCACAGCAGUCGAUGCCACAGUCCAUGCCUCAACCAAUGCAGCAGGCGAUGCCGCAGGCAAUGCCGCAGCAGACGAUGCCGCAGUCAAUGCCGCAGCCCGCGCCGCAACCGAUGGGUCAGCAGACGACGCAGAUGGCGACUCAGACUUCGCCCCAGGCCAUGCAUCAGCAGCAGCAGCAGCAGCAGCAGCAGCAGCAGCAGAUGCUUCAGCAGCAACAGCAGCAGGCCAUGGAGACAUCCCAGCAUGUGGCAGUACCGGAGCAUCAUGCGGGGCAGCCAGACGGACAGCCGCAGUCGGAGCCGACUGAACAGCCACAACCUGCGGCCAUGUCGUACAGUGUUCCCUCAAGCAUGACAGACUGCAACUCGUCGGUCGAGGGGUCUCCGGAGAACACUUUCCAGGGACCCGGCGACCUGGCAGCCAAGGUGGCCAGCCUGCCUGGCACAGCCGCCGGUUUCAGCUCCCAAGCUAGACCCCUUUUACCACAGCAGGGUCAACAGCAUCAGAACAGCGCGGGGGUGGUGCCCACUGCGGCCACAAGGGGCAGCCCAGCACCGCAACAGGAGGAGCUUGCCGGCCAGGUGUCCUUGCACGACAUCGACUACUCCCAGACGCUGCCCCAGCACCACAUGGGGACCUCCUCGCAGCUCUAUGACGACCUCCGGGGCGACAGUGCUUCGGCCCUGGACUCUGCGAGCGAGGCCAGCGACCUGACGGACUCGAGCGCCUCGGCGCGCGAGAAGGCACGCAAGAAGGUGAGCCGGCGGAGGCGGGGCCAGCCGGACCGGUGGCCCCGCCUUCUCGUCCUCUCGGUGGAGGCCGGCACGGUAGUGGAGUGCCAGCUGGAGUCGUCCAAGGGCAAGACAGUGACCUUCAAGUUCGACAUCCACGACAUGUUCCCCAGGGAUAUCGCCAACAACCUGGUGGUUACCAACCUGCUGGCUGAGCAGCAUGCGGACGUGUUUGUAGAGCAGGUGCAGGACAUUGUUCAGCAGCUGAAGGAGCACCCCGACCGGCUGCCCACGGUCUCCCACCACCUCGCAGUCUCGGACGGGCGUCUGAGCUUUGAGAACAUGGAGGGAGGCAGCGUGAUGGUCAUGCCGGGGCGGUUGGAGAAGGAGUCGAGCGAACCUCCCGGUUCUUCGCAUGGGUCGCCCGUGCGCCAAGUGAAGCCGCUACCGACCCAGCUCCAUCAGAGCGCCACCUCACGACAGCUGCCCAGCCCCAUCGACGAGCAGCUGCCCCCUUUGCCCGCACCGCACGCCGCACCCGCGGCCGCCUCAGUCUCCGCGUCGCACUCGGUUCCGGCCACGCCGACGGCCACGGCUUCUCCCGUGCCCAUAGCCGUGGUGCAGCCCCCGACGCCCGUAUCCAAGUCCGCAACUUCGCAGGCGGCUGGGGCCGCCGCAGGAGCGGCCAAUCAGGUGGACAUGCGCCAGCUCCAGGCACCUCUGGAGUCGGGCGGCAGCCAGGCACCGACCCCACCCACUUAUGGCACAACCCCGCACGCCCUGAGCAGCGAGAACAGCUUCUCGGAGUCUGAACCUGGCAGUUCGGCAAUGCCUCCCCAGGCGUAUGGCAUCGUCACGGACUUGAGCCACCUUCAGCAGAGACUGGUGGAGCUCACCACCACGAGCGGAGGACCCACCCAUGCCACCGUGACCGUCCCGGCCGCAACUUUGGCCGCCGGCGCAGCUACCGCCGACUCGUCUGCGGCUUCAACUCCCGUGGCGGCUCUGCCGGCUGUGCCUGCGGUCGCAGGCACUUGCGUGCUGCCGCCGGCAACCGUGGAACACGCCGUUGCGGUCCCGCCGUUGCCCGAAACGCCGUCUACGCCGACGCCGCCGUCCCCAAAACAGCCUGUGACCAGCGCCCCCCUGGCACCCGUCACGGUAGCUGCCGUCCUCGUGACGGCAGUGGCCGUGACCACGACCACGGCCACAACCUCGGUGGCGGGGUCGAGCAGCCGGCCGUCGUCGGUGCCCCCGGAGCCCCGCAAGCCGGCGGUGGCGACGAACCUGGAGGACCUGAAGCUGGAGCUGCAGAAGCUGCACGGGAACACAAUGAAGAGCAACAUCGAGCAGGGGCUGCAGGCCAUCUUCUCGCAGAACGCAGUGUCGUCCGCGCAGCCCCUCACGCCCGCCCACUCACAGCCGCAGGUGCUUCCCGUCCUGACCUUUCCGGAACACCCGCCCUGCCCGGCCGGCGCGUCGCAUUCCCUGGGCGCCGUCUUGCACCAGGUCCCCUUGGCGAGCACUGGCAGCAUUGCGGUGCAAGUGGUGCCAGCGACCCCGGUCGUCACCGCCCACUCGGCUGGCCAGGUCUCGGCCGAGGGUGGCACCCACAUUCCACUGGCCGGCAUUGCGGUGCCGUGUGGCAACCUCCCAGCCCCGGCACCCGUCGUUCCGGUGCCUGCGGUGCACGAACCGGUGGCGACGAGAGGCAGCCCUGAUGGCGUUCCGGGCGCGGCCAUGCCGGCUGCCCCCCAGGGCGGGAACCGCUUCUCCCGCUUCCACGUGACCCCUGUCCGCGACGACCCCCUGCUAAGCAACCCCUCCUCUCCCUCGUCGUCCUCCUCGACCACCACCCAGUCGACGCCCACCUCUUCCUCUAACACGGUGGUCCCGCCCACCCCUCCCCCCGAUGCCCCGGCCCCUCCGGCCCCGCCCACCCUGGCCACCACGGCCACCUCUCCGAUCCCGCUGUCGCCCGACGCGGGCCGGGGCUCGAAUGCGGAGGUGUCCCGCGGUGGCGGCGGUGGCUGCGUGGUGAGCACGGCCACCCAGACGAGCAGCACAGAGGUGAAGGCAUCGCCACCGGUGAACUGCGGAAGGUUCAAGGUGACGACUGUGGUGGACGAGCUGGCGGCGAAGCCGCCCAUCUCGGCAGUGACGCCCAUGCCUUCGGUGGCAGAGGACCUCGAACUCAAGCAGCAAGAGCAGCUGGCCCCUCCUCCGUUCCCUCCUGGCGCCACCUCCCAAAACGUCCGCGAGCCGCCUCCCCACUCGAUGAUGCGAGGCCGCUCCGCCACGCUCCACUCCGGCGGCGGCGAGGCCACCCCAUACUGCGGAGCCGCGGCGGCGGCUGCAUCUCACCAAGAUGACGCGGCAGACCCGUACGCCACCUUCCCCUACGCGGACCCCCGCAAGCAGCGCACCGAGCCGUCCUCGCUGGAGCUGGCGCUUGCCAAGAUCAUGCGGGGCUACCUGCGCGCCUCGUCGGACGACCUCUCGUCGCUCUCGCAGACGUCGCUUGACUCAGAGCCGCUGCGCGUCCGGGUCCACGUGCGGGACGCAGAGGCGCAGACGGAGCGGGCGUCGACGCGCAACGCCUGCGUGAGCACAACGACGCUGCCGCCCUCCACGCCGUCGCGGAGGUUCCUGGCGUCGCUGGAGCCGCCGACGCUGAGCAAGGCGCGCAGCCUGUCCUCGCUGAGCCCCUCGCUGAGCCCCUCACUGAGCCACUGGCGCGAAGAGACCAGUGCCGGAUGCGAGCGCUGUGCGAGUCCGUCGCCGCCGUGCCUGUCGCCAUGCGGGUCGCCGCCGACGCGCCGCGGCCACCCGCGGCCCGGUAGUUCGAACCUGGUGGACUGGGGACGGAGCCUGUCGCUCUCGCAGUUCUUGUCGGCCCUGACGACGGAGCAGAGGCAAGAGCUGGAGGUGGAGGAGUCUGAAGAUGCGGAGGAAUUUCUCAAGCAGCUACUAGCACGGCAACAGCGGGAGCGCGAAGAACUGGAGAACCGGCAUCGACGAGAGCUUGAGCUGGUCCGCCAGCGGCUACGGAACGCCGGGGGAUCGCCGGCAUGGGCACUGUGCGAGACGACGGCCAACGGCGGGUCGCCGCCCCAGCGGGCGGUGCCCCACUCCCAGUCAGUGCCCCACUUCCCCCGAACCCCACCCCCGGAGUGGCACGCCCCGCCCCCGACAGAACCCCUGCGGAUCAACCUCCACCGCUCGACCUCGGAGGGCCCUGAUCCGGGUGCGGUCGGAAGGCCGGUUUACCGAACCCGAACGCUCACCGACGACCUUCUACGACUGGUGCAACUCAACGGUGCGGCGCGUACCUGCCCCGGACCGGCGAGCCCAGAGGGGAAGCCCACCCUGCACCAGCUGAUGCAGCAGCGUUCGCUGAGGGAGGGUGCCACUUCCCCCGCCGGCCCCCUGACUCCUCCCCCCACGGUGUUCCCACCUCUGGCCCCGUCCCCCGUCAUGUUCCCGCCUUUGACUCCGCCCUCGGCCGUGUUCCCGCCCAUCAGCCCGCCUCCUGGGGGCUACCCCGCUCCGGUGGGAUACCCGUCGCCGAGCGGGUAUGCGUCUCCCUCCGGGCCGCACCUCCACUUUGGAUCGACGGGACGUGGAGCACACAGACACCAGUAGCGUGCCCGUCGGCCCUCAGUUCCCAGUUCUCGUCCACGGUGGUGUUGCCAGUCGUCGCCUCUCAGUUCUCCUUCGCCGGUCUGAACUUCCUCGACGCGUCUCGACGGAAGUUCUCGUCUGCAAGCGGAACAACGCAGGAACAACUGCGUAUGCCGAUGGCGCGGUCGAGCGGACUUCCACGUCGGGGGGGAAGACUCGUCCAAGAUGCGAUGAUGUGAGGGAACACUGGGAAGCAAGCAGAGGACACCGCAGGAUUUCAGCCCCGCCCCCAAAGUACGACCGACCCGCCUUUUUCAUGCCACGCGGGCCGGACCAGCCCUCCUCAGAUCUGCCGCAUACCCGCGUCGUCUCCGCAAGGAGUCUGCCGGCGAGGACCGACGACUCCCGUUCCAACGCGUCGUCGGACCAUCGGGGCACUAAAAACUGCUCCGCGCACGUUUCUUUUUUUUAAUUGUUACUAUUAAUAAUAUUACGGCCCCUCUCCCCCUCUUGUAUGUCUACCGGGUCCAGCCACGUCCGCAAACUUCGCAUGCCGGUAGUGCGAACUUGUACGCCAAAGUCUGCUUCAGGUCGAUCUUAGUCGAACAGCGGGCAAACUGUAGUCACACUUAUACACAGGCGCGCGUGGUGGAAGAGAGAAUGUGACGUAUUAGUACCAAUUUUUGUCGCGUCGACCUUUACUCGCGGCCCUUUAGGACCAAGCAUCGGUUAGCGGGCAGCCCAGGCUUCAUCUACGGCAGGCGUGUGGGAGUUUAGUCCCCAAAUCGCUAGAGUAUGGCACUCUUUUCCGGCGCCGAGGCCGACUGUCCGACUCUCUCGCUCUUUCCUUUCAAGCACAGAAUCUUCUCGGCGAGAAGAAUUGCAAGGGGUGGGCUGUAGCGGUCUCUGGCCGUUGCACGUCUGGAACAAUCGUAAUUCGGUUCAAGGCGCGUCCAGUCGCAAGUAAAUACUGUGCACAUCCGGUCCCUUUUCCCGAUUAGUGUCCAUGCAAAGUGUCACAAACGCGCGUAAAUUGAUCUGGGCUCAAGACAAGUGCCAGGGUCUAAACACCGCAGUUUCCCUUGAAGGACAUUGGAUUUGGAAAACUGGGCAGUUGUACCUCGUACAAGGGUUGGCCUAAAUGCUCUCGGCACAUCGACGGCGUGCAACGGUCAGCCGGGACUUGGUGUUUCACGUCCAUGCACAUGGCGACCGUUUGGUUACUUUAGUUUUAACGAGCUGUCCAAGUCGGCCCCGCAAGAACAAGUGCCUCCUUCUCUGCCUCUGAAGCAUGGAUGCUAUAACACCGCCACACGGUUUCCGUUUUGCUACUUCACACGUCUGCACGACGAGGUAUAUUGGUGUUUCUUUUUGUUUUAGAGGCUCGUAGUUCUCGCUUAUGCUUUAAAGCUUGUUGGUUUCGCUUGAACGGGGAUUGAGCCGAGCGAUCGGAGCAACACCAGGAUAGGCGACGAAAGGUUUGCUAAAAGGCCACCGUAAAAGAGCUGCGUAAACAGUCUUGGAACGUUUGCCGACACGCAAUACGUAACCGAUCUGUCGCCGCGGUUUCUUGAGCGCAAUGGACGAAGAUGUGCUAGCUAGGGUUUGAAAAAGAAGCGUGUAGAACGGAGAAAACGAACAGAACUAAGGACAGAGGCAACCGAUCGAAACCAUGUGGUCGGUAUUUUUCUCGUGCAUGUCUUCGCCGUACGCAAACUUUUGCCGUGUCGUUGCGGAGGACUUCCGGAACUGGCACGAAUUCAGCGGCUCCUCAAGGUCACAUUCCCGGCGGUCGUCGGCAGACGACCGCAAGACUUGUGGAGUCGUCGCAACUCGAAUUCGUGUCUACUGCCGGACGUAGGGGUUCUUCCGACGGCUUUUGUGGUGGGGGAGGGGGAAGAAAAGAGGAGGAGACGAUGACUAGGCCUUUUUCGGACGUCGUGUUCCGCAGGAGAAAGGAAACAAAUAGUCUUCCGUGCAGGUGUUCGAGCUGGUCUUCAUUUUGCAGUAGUCACCCGUUGUGUGUCGAGUGAGUGAGUGCGAGAGGUUGAGAGAUUUGUCUGAGUGCGUGCGUGCCCCGAGGUUGAUGAGAGAGAAGGGAACUGUUUGUGGUGCGUGUUCUCAUCUCCGCGACGCCUUUUGUGGUGCGGCUGCUACGACCACUUACUGGACACGAUGGUGCGAGUUGGCGUCGAGUUGGAGUGAGAAAGAAAAAAAGUUUCUAGGUAAUUACACGUACGUAUUUAAGUAAUAAAUAACGACUUGUUGGAUACGA